AUGCUUCCAGUAAAGUACCUCAUUGCCUUGAGUGCUGUUUGCGCUGCUCACGUGCAAAGCUACAGCGUUCCAGACUCGGAACAAACUGCGGUUUAUCAUCAAACUAUCCCGAUCAUUGAUCCGAUCCUUCCGAUAAUUCCAACCAUUGAAGAAGUGAAGGCAGACACUCCCUAUCCUACGAUUCCUCCAAUUGAAGAAGAGAAGGCAAACACUCCCUAUCCUACGAUUCCUCCGAUUGAAGAAGAGAAGCAAGUCUACUUGCCACCUCAGACGGAAGAGGCGUCGGUGACUCCGUGUCCUACAACGACCGAAUCCACACCUCAGUAUCCUGUUCAGGAGACUGGAACGUAUGUUUCGGAUCAGACCGAAACUGUACCAGAAACUCCAUGCCCUGAAACGAUUCCUACUUAUCCUGUUCAGGAGACCCAAGAGACUAUACCCAUUCAGUCGGAAACCCCGUGUCCUGAAACCCCGACAGAGGUGGUGACUGAAGCUCCUGCUACUCCUUAUCCUACCCAGGAGUCUAAAGAAUAUGUACCCGAUCAGACCGAAUCUGUGACAGCUACUCCGUGUCCUGAAACACCGGAAACCGUGACAGAUACUCCGUGUCCUGAAACACCGGAGACUGUGACGGAAACUCCGUGUCCGGAGACGUCGGAAAAACCGACAGAGGCUGCAACUUUAACUCCUUAUCCUGUCCAGGAAACUGAGACUUAUGCACCUCAUCAAGAGGAAUCGACCCCGUAUGUUCCUAUUCAAUCGGAAACUGUAACGUUACCACCAUGUCCGGUAUUCACUCUAGUACCAGAUACGCCUGCUCCUCACUACCAAGAAACUACUCAGUAUGUGCCUGAAACGAAGGCACCAGAAGAAUCAACGGAGGUACCGGAAACGCCAGCACCGACAACUCCUGCUCCUCAGUAUCAAGAGACUACUCAGUAUGUGCCUGAAACGAAAGCACCCGAGGAGUCGACGGAGGUUCCGACGUUGACACCGACAACUCCUGCUCCUCAGUAUCAAGAGACAACUCAGUACGUGCCCGAAACGAAAGCACCAGAAGAAUCGACGGAAGUACCGGUAACGCCAGCACCGACAACUCCUGCUCCUCAGUAUCAAGAGACUACUCAGUACGUGCCCGAAACGAAAGCACCUGAAGAGUCGACGAAAGUACCGGAAACACCAGCACCGUCGACCCCGUGCCCGGUAUUUACAUUAGUACCGGAUACGCCUGCUCCUGAAGACCAAGAGUCUACCAAGUAUACUCCUGAAACAAAGGCGCCUGAAGAGUCGACAGAGAUUCCGGUGACGCCAUGCCCAGAACAAGAAACCAAGCAGUAUACUCCACCGGCGACGGAAACAGUUACUUUGCCGCCUACAAAGCAAGAGGAGACUGAGGCACCAGUAACCCCGUGCCCACCUACACAGCAAGAGGAGACUGAGGCACCAGUAACUCCGUACCCGCCUACCCAGCAAGAGGAGACUGAGGCACCAGCAACCCCAUACCCGACGACAGAGACAGAAACUCAGACGGAAACUCCUGGAACGACCGAAACGCCAACACCGUCGCCGGAACAAAUCGAGACCCAGGACGAUGAAGUGGUCACUACAACUGAUGUGUUGGACACCUUUUCGGACCCACUACCAACCCGCUACCUCCGACUGUAA